AACGUCAAAACGAAAAGCAAUUUUUCUAAUAAGAAAGAAAACACGGAAAGUGUGAUUAAGUAAAAUAACGUCUGAUAUUGAUAAUUUUAUUUUAACGCGUAUAAAAAAUAAAGUUGUAGUAAAAUGAGUUUCUUUGGAAAAAUGUUUGGUGGGAAGAAAGAUGUAGCGCCUACCACUGGGGAAGCUAUACAGAAACUUCGUGAGACAGAAAAUAUGCUUAUUAAGAAGCAGGAGUUUCUCGAAUCUAAGAUAGAAGAAGAGCUUAAUAUUGCCAGGAAAAAUGCAUCGAAAAACAAAAGAGUUGCAUUGCAAGCGCUUAAGAAAAAGAAGCGCCUGGAGAAGCAGCUACAGCAAAUUGAUGGAACCUUGUCUACGAUUGAAAUGCAGCGCGAAGCGUUGGAAAGCGCUAAUACGAAUACAGCAGUCUUGACAACAAUGAAAAAUGCUGCUGAUGCACUCAAGGCAGCACACAAAAAUAUGGAUGUGGAUAAUGUGCACGAUAUGAUGGAUGAUAUUGCUGAGCAACAAGAUGUUGCGCGUGAAAUUUCUGAUGCUAUUUCCAACCCAGUUGCGUUUGGCGCUGAUUUGGAUGAUGAAGACCUUGAGCGCGAAUUAGAUGAAUUGGAACAAGAAGAGUUUGAUAAAAAAGUUAUCGGUAUACCAGAACCAAAUGUCACAUUACCCGAGGUACCGGCCGAUGAAGUGCCAGUGAAAAUCCCUGAGAAAAAGAAAGAAACGGCAUCUGCUACAACUUCAGCAGAAGAUUACGAAAAUGAUCCUGAUAUGAAGCAGUUGCUUUCUUGGGCUAAUUGAAGUGUUUAGUAAUCUCAACAGUACAUAUUGGGGAAAAUGUGAUUGAAUAUUGCGAAAAGCAACAUGAAUUUACUGAGCAGUUUUAAUGGUUGUUUUGCAAUAUUAUCGUAGGAAGUAUAAGCCCAUAUUGGAAACAAUCGAAAAUUAGAAUAAUAUUUUCUUUAUUAAACUAUUUUUUCUGCUUGCUUACCAAUGGAAAACAAUUAAAUUUUAAUUUUGAAAUACACACAACUCAUUUAUGUAAUAAUAAUUGACUUGUUCUAAUACGGAGGAUAAACUGAUAUUUUUAACAAUUGACAUUGAAAUCAUUAUCCAAAAAUCGCGCAUUAACGAGUGAUUUUAAGUGUACAGAAUUUUGGAUAGGGUUAUUCGUAAAACGAUCUAACUAAAUAAACACACCUUUUUGAAUUUCUAUUCAGUUCA